CUGUUCCCGAGCCCGGCGCCGGCGAAGUUCUGGUCCGGGUCUCGGUCUGCGGUCGUCUGCCGCACCGAUCUCCACGUGGUGGACGGCGACCUCACCGAGCCCCGGCUUCCGGUCGUGCCGGGGCACGAGGGUGGGAGCCGAAGUUGCGGCCCUGGGCGCGGGCGUCGAGCGCUUGUCGAGGGCGAGCGCGUCGGCAUCCCCUGGCUCGGCUGGACCUGCGGCACCUGCCGCUAUUGCCGGAGCGGGCGGGAGAACCUGUGCCCCGACGCGCUCUUCACCGGCUACACGCGUGACGGUGGCUAUGGCGACUACUGCAUCGCCGACGAGCGCUACUGCCUGACCGUGGGCGGCGACCGGAGCGACGCCGAGGCUGCACCCCUGCUCUGCGCCGGGCUCAUCGGCUACCGCGCACUCACGAUGGCGGGCGAUGCCGAGCGCCUCGGCCUCUACGGCUUCGGCGCGGCGGCCCACAUCAUCGCCCAGGCGCCGCCGGAAGAACUCGACGCGGCGCUGCUCUUCGCGCCCGUGGGCGCCUUGGUGCCGGCAGCGCUCCGCGCAAUCGCGCCCGGCGGCACCGUGGUCUGCGCCGGCAUCCACAUGAGCGACAUUCCCGCCUUCCCCUACGAGCUUCUCUGGCGGGAGCGAAGCAUCGUCUCGGUCGCGAAUCUCACGCGACGCGACGGCGAAGAGUUCUUGGAACUCGCCGCGCGGACGGCGAUCGAGAUGCACGUCGAGCCCAUGCCGCUUGCCGAGGCCAACACCGCCCUCGACCGCCUGCGCGCGGGCCGGCUCCAGGGCGCCGCCGUGCUCACGAUGGACGAGCGCGUCUGA